AUGGCUACUCCGUCAGCCAAACCUGGCGCAACGCCAACUCACCUCACCUCUUCUCCUCACCCAACAUCGGCUCCUCUUCGGUCGAUAGCACAUAAAUCGCCCUCAAUACGAACACCUGUGGCCUCGGGGCCUGGUCACGCAGCGCAGAAUAGCGUCUCAUCUCAGGCUCAUCAAUACGCAACACCCUUGGCGGUCCCAGGCACUGCCGAUGAUCUUGUCAACUUCAGCUCACCUUCUGCGCUACUCGCCCUUGGUGGUUUUGCGGGGAUCAGUCCCUUGCCUAUAAUUCAGGAGAAUAUCACUGGCCACGGUAUGAACGACAAGGAUAUUCAGGCAUUGGGGAUGCAGGGAACCAAGUUGAACGGAGCCCUGCGCGACAGCAACGAGGAGCAGAGGCGACGAAUUCAGGAUGUGGUUCAAUGUCUACGAGCACGCGUCGCUGGUCGAGGAGUGUCUCGAGAGGGGAUUGAACGGUUGAGUCAACUGGAGGGGUUCGACUCGAUGUGGGGGGAUAAUAACCUCAACAUCGCGGGAAACUUUGUCGACCUUGAAAUUGACUUUUAUCCCGGUCAAGAAGUUGUCAAGGAUGUCAGUCUGCGAUAUGCAACCCCCGACUACGAGGAAGGCGAAAGACGAGACGAAGCUUCCGAGGUCUUGAAACGAAACCUCGUACAAUCACUCAAAGAUGUCGAGCAUGGCAGGUGGCGGUCACUGCAGGCAUUCCUUGACAAUUUACACUGGCUCCGAAAGCUCGACAAACUGAGCCAACAAGUCAACUGUUUUGAGGCGCUAGAAGGUCUCGAGGAAAAUCUGAAACGGGUCUGGUCCGCGGAAGAGAAGAAUGAAAAGUACGGCGGUGAACAUGAACAUCUUUGUGCCGGAGUCGUCGGACGUCCAAGCAUGCACAAGGGAACUCGUAUUGGGCUCGGGCUAGAAUACUGGGUCAAGCAGGCCAAAGCGUUGGAUGCUAAGAAGAAUUCCUCCCCCGAGGCCAUGGCCAUUGAUCAAGUGCCAACUUCAAACGAGAAUGGGACAGGAGAGCAGCAAAAGACGUGGACAGUGAUGAUUGAAUGUGAGGAGGGGUACCCAUCUCUCCGGAUCUCGAAAGAAUGGGUGGCAAGCGAUGUCUUUACAAGCGGUGAAAGCAACGAACCAGGGGCUGGCGCCGAUUCAAAAGUUGUGAAUUGGCUCGAGCCCCCGCAGACUAUGCGCCUUUCUCACGGUGAUCAUCCAGACCCGAUGGCCUUGGACUCCAGCAUGCUGGAAUCCACGCCUCCAAAUCGUCGCUUUGUUGCGAGACUCGAUCCACCCCUCCAUGUCCCAAUCCUGGCGGCGUCCGAAAUCUACCGCCAUUUGGGGAUGCAGCUUCCCCAAGAGUUCAAGAUGUUCACAUAUGACAGCCUGGUCACGUCAGGAGGCUCUCAGCCAGAUGCCACGCCGCAGCCUGGUCGAAGGAGAUGCCGAAAAUCGGUUCAAACCUUUGAUUCGACUGAUUCGCCAUGCACGAAUUACCACGAGUACACCUUCCAGGCAUUUGAGUCUGUUGCCGGUCGUACCAUUCGCGACCUUCCCUUCUCACAUCCGCGGCAGAUUGCUGAAGUCAUUCCGGUAUUCCGCCGAUACGCACUGUUGGCAAACUUGAUUCGUCAAGUGACGAGCGGUCCGUCAACCGAGAAGAAGAGCCCACGAGAGACCCCGAAGGACGCUACGCUUCGCGAACCAGCUACGCCGAGCUCCGAGCUCUUCUCCACCGGACAGACUGAUACCAUUACGCUGUGCAACGAUGAUCCUAACGAGGAGAAGCUGAGCAAUCUGUUUGGGGAUGAUUUCUCUAAUGCCUUCUCCGGCUCUGCGUCCAAUGCAACCCCUCUUCAUGGGACCACAUAUCUCGACGACGUUCGGGUGGAUGUGACCCUUCGGACACCGAUCGGUCAAGCCCCCGCUCUGAUGCUCCUCGUGACGGAUUCCAGCAACUUCUACACGGGAGUCUUUGGGCGGGAGCCUUUGCAGGUGUCUCUCUCGUUUGAAAUCGGUCUCAACGGACGCAUCACUGUCACGGAUGUGGACCACGUCAAUGACCCGAACAGCGAUGGUGGGGAUACAGAGAUGCAAGGAGUUGACUCUGGUCGGCCGAAACUGCACGACAUGCGCGAGAAAAUUGCCCGGGUUCUAGAAAUCUCGCAGGAUCUGGGCAUCUUAGUCGAGUGGGUCCUCCGCUGGCUUCGGCAGCGGGCCGUCAGCGGUUGA